AUGGUUCACGGCCCAUGUGGAUUGCUCAAUCCAAAGGCUCCGUGUAUGCGUGAUGGUACAUGCUCCAAAAGUUUUUUGAAAAACUUCGAACCUGUCACCUGGUUUGACAAGGAAGGAUAUGUUCAUUAUAAACGAUCACCCAAUGGCCAUCAUGUGUUGAGGAAUGGCAUUCAAAUUGACAAUGGUUAUGUUGUCCCUUAUAACAAACGUUUGUCUAGCCGUUUCAACGCCCAUAUAAAUGUAGAAUACCGUGGAUGGAACAUGAUGAUUAAGUACUUAUUCAAAUACAUAUCAAAAGGAGCAGAUCGUGUUAGAUUUUCAAUUCAGCAAGCCGAACAGGAUUCAACAUCUACAUCCACAAAUGGUCAUUCGUCUGUUGAUGAGAUUAAAAAUUUUGUAGACGGAAGAUUUAUUUGCCCACACGAGGCGGCAUGGAGAAUUUUGAACUUCGCAAUUCAUGAACGAAAUCCUGCUGUGCAAAUACUAGCAGUCCACUUGGAGAGAAUGCAAAACGUCACUUUCAGAGACAAUAGCAAAUUACAGUCCAUUAUCAACAACCCGUCUUUCGGGAAGACGACUUUAACCGAGUGGUUGUCUAACAACAACUCAGAAACAGAAUCAGAAGGACGAAAUCUAACCUACACUGAAUACCCUUCCAAAUAUCACUGGGAUGCAUCUGGGAAAGUAUGGAUUCAUCGAGUACAACUAUGUACUCCAGCAAUAGAACGUCUUACGUAUGUUCAUCCCACUUCAGGGGAAUUGUUUUAUCUGCGCAUGUUGCUAUGUCAUCAAAAAGGUUGUAAGUCGUUUGCAGACAUACGCACAGUUUCAAACACUACGCAUGCAACUUUUCGAGAUGCAUGUGAGGCACUGAGUUUAAUAGGUGAUGAUAGAGAAUGGCAAACAGCCUUUAUUGAUGCUUCUACUUGGGCCACAUCAUCUGAAUUAAGAUCACUUUUUGUUCAUAUGCUUUUGUUUUGCGAGGUAAAUAAACAUCUGCUUUUAUGGGAAAUUGAAUGGAAAAAAAUGUCUGAUGACAUACGUCUGUCAAUUAAUGGUUCUUCUCGAAAUACCAAUUUAUUUGUAAAUGACUUCGAUUUACAACAACAAGUAUUGUUGGAAAUUGAAAAGCUUCUAAGAUCUGCUACUCCAUCGAAGUCACUUAAGAAUUUUGGUCUUCCCAUGCCAUAUGAGGUUGUCCUUGCAACAUUGAGAAACCGACUUCUAAUGGAAGAAACAACUUAUGACAGACCAGCUUUAGCUGCUCAACACUCUCAAAUGCACGCAACCCUCAAUGCAGAUCAAUUACGUGUCUAUAAUGCUGCGAUACAUCCACACACCAGUGAAACUCAGACGACGAUAAUAAUUUGGGAUGAGGCGCCGAUGAGUGAUCGUCGGUGUUUUGAAUACCUUGAUAGAACAUUGAAAGACAUUCUUGACAAUGCUGCACAUCCAUUUAGUGGUAAGUCUGUGCUUCUUGGAGGUGAUUUUCGUCAAACACUCCCGGUGAAACCCAGAGGCACACGAUCAGAGAUCAUUGCCUCAACGUUACCAAUGUCCUACUUAUGGCAGUUUUUCAAAGUGUAUACAUUAAAUGAGAACAUGCGUGUUAGAGGUGAUGCUUAA